UUACAUUGUACGGUGGUAAAAAUAAGAGGAUCAUAAACAACCAACCAACCAACCGACCGACCGCCGUGGGAGAGAAACAGGAAAGAUGUUUUUACGAAAGUUUGCGAGGCCAUCAAUGAUGAUGAGGAUGAGGAUGAAUCCAGCGGUGGCGGCGGCAGCUAAGGAAACAUCAACAACCGGUCCGGUGGCAGAAGCAACUAAAUCAAAAAUAUCGAGGCCGGUGCAGGAACUAAUUUAUUUAUAUGAAAGAACGAUAAAAGAGGUGCAGAGUAUACCUGAAGACGAGGGUUAUCGUAAAGCCCUUGAAGCCAACACUCGCCAACGCCUUGACAUUUGCGUACGGGAAGACUACGACCCUCAAGCCAUCGAGAAGCGAAUCGGUUGCCAAGAAUUUGAUGACCUCCUUCGAGAUGCUCGGUUUGAAUUUAAAAUCCUUAGCAAUUUGCUCGAAUGGGACCCUUGGGGAAUAAACCCAGACUAUAUAUCUGAUGUAAUCGAUAAGUUGGAUCAACCGCCAAAGGUCAAUUUAGGUAGUAUUCCUGAAGAGUUAUAUGAGAGGCUUAGAGAUCUCGCCAAGGCUAGUUGUGAGGAAGAUAAAUACAACCCCAAAUACAACUCCAGCUUUUGUCGCAAUUGUUUAGAAACCUCAUAUAGCGAUGAGCCAAUAGAAGGAACGUCUUCAUCAGACAACAACUCACAUAGUGACAAGCCAGACGGAACGUCUUCAGAGCCAGAUGACUCACAUAGUGACGAGCCAGAUGGAAUGUCUUCAUCAGACGACAACUCACAUAGUGACGAGCCAGAAAGAAUGUCUUCAUCAGGCGACAACUCACAUAAUGACGAGCCAGAAGGAAUGCCUUCAUCAGACAACAAACCUUGACUCGUAUUAAUAUGGUUUUUGCAGAUCGUUUUUUUGUCUUCCAGACACAUUCGGCAUUUACACAUGGCCGUCAAGGCAAUAUAAGCAUGUUUUCUUGUCAUUGUGAUGGUAUUUCAUAAAUGGUAAUGAUAGUGGCCGGUAGGUUACAAUUCUAUGACAGUUGCCCUGGUCUAUUAUUACUCCGUUCAAUAUUACUCGUUUAAUAUUUGGUA